CCUGGGACCCGCACAUGCCCAGCGCACGCGGCGCGCAGCUCUGCUAGAAGUUGCAUCCCGGAGUUGGAGGCCGCUGAGGACCGAGUGCAGCAGGAAGGAGGUAGCACCGGCUGGCGGAGGCCGGCGAGGAGAAGGCAAGUUCCAGACCCGGCUCAGAGCAUCACUCUCAUCCGGAAAAGUGGAGCUGCAACUUGGCCACGACUGCACCUGUUUGCACCGCUCUGCCGAGGGCGACCCAGCUGCUGCAGCGGCGAGGACGGCGACCCCGGCCAUCACCCUCUUUGGCAAGUGGUUUGUGCACGAGGACAAACUUUCCACCUGUGAGCCGGCCCGGCGCUGAGUGCGUGUGUUUUUGCCUCUUUUUUGUUUUUGCCUCCACCUACCCCCUUCUUCUCUCUGCUAAGACCUCUCUCCACACACUGACCCCCAAGUAUCGCUUUGCUUGAGUCCCUCUCCAACUCCCUGCCCCCCGGCCGUCUAUGCUCCAGGCCCUCUCUGCGCGGUGCCGGUGAACCCGUGAGCCGCCCCAAUGUACAGCAUGAUGAUGGAGACCGACCUGCACUCGCCUGGCGGCGCCCAGGCCCCCACGAACUUGUCAGGCCCGGCCGGGGUGGGUGGCGGUGGGGGCGGUGGGGGCGGUGGAGGUGGCGGCGGCGGCGGUGGGGGCGCCAAAGCCAACCAGGACCGGGUCAAGCGGCCCAUGAAUGCCUUCAUGGUGUGGUCCCGCGGGCAGCGGCGCAAGAUGGCCCAGGAGAACCCCAAGAUGCACAACUCGGAAAUCAGCAAGCGCCUGGGCGCCGAGUGGAAGGUCAUGUCCGAGGCCGAGAAGAGGCCGUUCAUCGACGAGGCCAAGCGGCUGCGCGCGCUGCACAUGAAGGAGCACCCGGAUUACAAGUACCGGCCACGCCGCAAGACCAAAACGCUGCUCAAGAAGGACAAGUACUCGCUAGCCGGCGGGCUUCUGGCAGCCGGCGCAGGCGGUGGCAGUGCCGCGGUGGCCAUGGGCGUGGGCGUGGGUGCGGCGGCUGUGGGCCAGCGACUCGAGAGUCCCGGCGGUGCGGCGGGAGGCGGCUAUGCGCACGUCAACGGCUGGGCCAACGGCGCCUACCCCGGCUCGGUGGCGGCGGCGGCGGCCGCCGCGGCCAUGAUGCAGGAGGCACAGCUGGCUUACGGGCAGCACCCGGGCGCGGGCGGCGCGCACCCGCACGCGCACCCGGCGCACCCGCACCCGCACCACCCGCACGCGCACCCGCACAACCCGCAGCCUAUGCACCGCUACGACAUGGGCGCACUUCAGUACAGCCCCAUCUCCAACUCGCAGGGCUACAUGAGCGCCUCGCCCUCGGGCUACGGUGGCCUCCCUUAUGGCGCCGCGGCCGCCGCAGCCGCCGCUGCGGGCGGCGCACACCAGAACUCGGCCGUGGCAGCGGCCGCCGCCGCGGCGGCCGCGUCGUCGGGCGCCCUAGGCGCACUCGGCUCUCUGGUCAAGUCGGAGCCGAGCGGCAGCCCUCCGGCCCCGGCGCACUCGCGGGCGCCAUGCCCUGGGGACCUGCGCGAGAUGAUCAGCAUGUACUUGCCCGCCGGCGAGGGCGGCGACCCGGCGGCGGCCGCCGCCGCAGCCGCGGCGCAGAGCCGGCUGCACUCGUUGCCGCAGCACUACCAGGGCGCGGGAGCGGGCGUCAACGGCACGGUGCCCCUAACGCACAUCUAGGGACGCGGUGGAAACUGCGGCCCGCGCCGGCAAAGCGUGAAAAGGAGCGUGCGGCCCGACCCGGGCUCCCGGCCUGGCCCAGAACAGCCGUGCUUUUGUGCAGACGUUUCCACGUUCUUGUAGAAAGAAAAACACUGGCUAAGAACACUAGGUGACACAUCCCCCUGCCCCGCACUCGCCUUUCCUGGAGCUUCUGGGGACGGCUAGGCGCGGACACAGUCGUGCGUUUUAGACUGAACUUCAGUGUUUUCUUGAGACUUUUUGUACAGUAUUUAUCAUCCACGGAGGCUGAAAGCGUUUCUUUGCUCGAGGGGACACAAAGACCAAACCAAGCAAGAGGCGACUCCAACUUUUCUAUCCUGCUGGCCCGCUCACUCUCAUCCUGCCUGGCUUCCUGGUGGCGUUUGGUUGCCCGGGAGAGCCUGUGCCAGGAGCUGUUCUCAUUUGUUAUCGAUGUAGUAAGGCAGAUCCAAACACAAGUUUUUCGUAGUUGUUACCGCUUUUUGGGUUGGUUUGUUAAUUUAUACAAAGAGAUGCCCCCAUCCCUUUCUGACGGCAUCGUUACAGUCUGGGUUUUGUAAAACUUUUCUGUAUCUGAGCUUUUCCAUUUUUUGGUUUUGUAAUUAUUUCUUGUAAAUGCAUUGUGAAACUUUUAUUUUAGGCGUAUCGGCGUGGGGAGGGGUAUUCAGAUUAUGUACAUAGUUUCCUAAAAAGCCUUUCUUCUAAAAAACGAAAAAGAUCCUUCCCCUUUUAAAAAUGCAUCGAGUUUUGAGUCAAUAAAUUUAAGAGAGGAAAAAAACCCUCGUUUUUCCACGUAAAUUUGAAACGUGCUAAUUUUAUAUGCAUGUUUUAUGAGCUCAAAAUACAACUAGUAAAUCUAACGAAGGAGAAAUUACAGCAUGGACUAAAGUGAGGGGAACCCCAGGGUAGAGGGUACAAUUUUCAUGGAGCUUCGUUCAGUGGAAGGGAAGGAAGUUAAAAUCAAUAGAUUAUUUUGUAGAGUUUACAGUGUUAAUACAGAAUGGGAAAUAAUUACAAAAAAAAAAAUCAUUUUGUAUUCUGGCCCUUUGGUGUGUUUUUAUCUUCGGGCGACACCGUGAGUUUUUCUAUUCCUUGCUGUGGGCUUUGCAUCCUGCAGCUGGCCCGGAUCUGUGCCACCAGGAGAGAAGACCCCAAUGGCGGGACCAGGCCAAGGUUGGAUGACAAAAGACCAUGGCAGGGGCAUGAGUGCCCCCUAUUUCCCUGCAACUAACA